AUGGCCAUCCAAUGGAGCUACUUUUUCGUAUACCUCUUUUAUUUUCGUGUAUAUUUUUUACGUCAUUUCCACCUUGGCACCAAUGAGAGAAUUUUCGUCGACACAUGCGCGCAGUCGACAAUAAAUGCAUGUUUGCCAUGCGGCUUUUCAUCAAGACCAAAAGCCCCCAGAAAGCGAGAUGAUACAAGAAAAAAAAAUCAAAAUAAAUCGGAGCACAAAGACAAGAAUCCCACCGCAGCAAGACAAAAAGCGAACAACCCAGGCUUUUCCCAUCACAAACUUAGCUCAUCGGACAUUGACACUUAUCUCCCAGACGCACGUCCAAGUGCAGGUGCGAUAAGCAUAGAUAAGCGUCGCCAAAUCACCUGUCAGUACCUCCACCACCAACAAAGAAGCGAAAACCAAUGUCCGAAGAUACAAGAGGCCGCGGGCUUGUUCGUGUGCAUUCGGCAAACAGCAUCCACGACCGAAAACACAUUGAGGUGGCCGAAGGGCCGCCGCGGUCCAUUUCGAUGCAACAUGGCCAGGCCCACCAGCGGAAAUCUGAAGAUCUUCGCCACACGGCGGUCCGAAACGGGCUCCGGAGCUCGAAACUUUCAAUGGCGCUCUCGCGGGCGCAAUCGGUUGCCUCAGCGACCCACAACCACCAGUUCCAGAACAAGAACAUCGCCAUGGUCCAGCAUGAACGCAAACCUCGCCCCAAUUGGGACAGCACCUGGUCCAACUUCACGCUCACACAGGCAGAAAAGGAGCCCGUGCAGAAAGACGGCCGCGUGCUGA